UUUGGGCCACGAGGCCCACAUAGAAGGCUUAACCGACCGUGUUCUACCAUGUCAUUGUACGUACAUAAAACAACAGGUAAUUAAUCGUGUGUUCGAAUUGCAUUGCAACGGAGUUGUGCAAAGCGCAAAGUGUCAAUAGAUUUACGGAAAGUGACUAUCGGGUGGUCGUGUUAUAUCCGUGAAAAGUGAGGAGAAGAAACUUGACGAGCUUUCACGCCGAACGCCAUCGAAUUUGUGAUCAUUUGUGAUUCUGGAUCUCUGGAUCCUGUCUCCUGUCUCCACAGUGUAUCUCGCUCGCGUCUCCCGUAAGCACUCGGAAGAGAGGCUCGGUCAUUACUGCCAAUUACUGGUCGUUACCGUCGUUACGCACGAGAACGGCUGAUCUGAUAUUCACUGAUAUUGUCGUGGGCACGCACUAUGGGGUUCGAUGUGAACCGAUUUCAGGGCGAAGUUGACGAGGAACUUGUUUGCGCGAUUUGCUCCGGGGUCCUGGAGGAUCCAGUCCAGGUGAGCAAUAUGUUACAGGCACCCGUAUGCGAGCAUGCUUUUUGUCGUACAUGCAUUAAUGAAUGGAUAAACAGACAAGCCAUCUGUCCCUUGGACCGUACACCAAUUACUUCUGCACAACUCAGAGCAGCUCCAAGAAUACUUCGAAACUUGUUGGCACGUCUUUGUAUCAAUUGUGAUAAUGUUAUAUAUGGAUGUCAAGUAAUAGUCAAACUUGACACUCUGGCAUCACAUUUGGAACAAUGUGAAUAUAAUCCCAAGAGACCAAUGCUCUGCGAACAAGGAUGUAAUCUUAUUGUUCCCAAGAAUGAGCUGAAAGACCAUAAUUGUGUAAGGGAACUUAGGAACAUUAUUCAUGUCCAGGAACAGAAACUUGCAGACAUGAAACGUGAAAUGAGUGAACAGCAGCUACAAAUAACAGAAAACAAGAGGGAGAUACAUCUCAUGAAAGAUUUUAUUAGAGCACUAAGACUCUCGAAUCCUGGUUUAAGAGUCAUUGCAGACCGUAUGGAGAGAGAUGAAGUUGUAAGAUGGUCUGCUACUCUUCCUCGAGCAAGAGUAACCAGGUGGGGAGGAAUGAUUUCCACACCUGAUGAAGUGUUACAGACUAUGAUGAAAAGGACUUUGACGGAAUGUAACUGUCCACUCCAUGUAAUCGACGAACUGAUGGAAAAUUGCCAUGAAAGAAAAUGGCCCCCAGGGUUAAGUUCUCUCGAGACUAGACAAAAUUCUAGACGGCUGUAUGAAAAUUACGUUUGUAAACGAGUGCCCGGCAAGCAAGCAGUGUUAGUACUCUAUUGCGACAAUACCCACAUGCCAGAAGAUAUGAUGGUUCCACCUGGCUUAGUGAUGAUUUUCGCGCAUGGUAUUGAGUAA